AUGGAAUAUAUGGAACUAAAGGACUUAGAUUUUUUAAAAUUUGUAAGGAACUUCUAUAGAUUACGUAUGUCUACUAAUUAAGAAUAUGAUCCACCAUUUCAUGAAGCUAUCAAUUAUUAUGCUAACUAUUUAGAAUAAUUGUCUUUGGAUUAUUGGGAAGACUUACUAAUUAAUUAUAACAUAUACAAUUAUCAUUUUUAGUAAUCCUAUCAAAAAAUAAAUAAUUCUAAAUAAGAUAUAGAACUAAAAAGGUUUACUAAUGUUUAAUUGUUCAAUCUCUAUGAUAAAUUGAUAGAAUUUUAUAAACUAAAUAUUAAGUCUGACUUCAUAAUUGCAUUAUCUAUUUGGUAUCCUUCAAUUUUUAGUAUUUUGUCAUCUUAAGCUCGUAAAGAUUUAUCAGAUCGUAGAGAAAAUUUAAUAUUAAAAUAUUUAUCGAAGGAAUUGAUGAAUAUGUAAUAAAAACUAAAAUUUGAGUUUUCCAUUCAUAAAAUUGUAGAUAUAUCACAUAUGUUAUUUUAUGAUGUAUUUUUUAUACAUACAUUGAAGUAUUAAUGUAUAAAUAGUUAUUAGAUAACCUAUGUAAGCUCACCAUUAAUUGUUAGAUGUUGUUGAUGAUGCAUUUAUUUAAUUUUUUUAAGAAUAAUUUAAUUUGGCAGAAAUACAAUAAAAUACUUAAGCUAAAUGUUUAUAAAUCACAAAAAAACAAUAAGUAGAUAAAGAACCAUUAAAGAAAUUUAAAUAAGAUUGUUUAUUAACAAUUAUGUAAAUGAGAAUGAAAAAUCAUGAACUAUAUACAAAAUUUAUAAAACAUUAUUUAAAAUUGUGA